AUGGACCAACAGUACUCGACCUCGAAAGUUACGGUCGAGUAUUUCGAUCCCCAUGAUGUUUACAAACUCAUCGCGCCGGGAUUACUGCCGUUGCUGCCUCUACGCAAUCUCAAUUGGAAAUCGCACGCCGGGCCCCCGCGAUCCAUCAACACCCUCCACGUCGACCUUGUCCCUGCCGGCGGAACUGCUUCUGGUACUACAGCCACUGCCACUCUUUCCCCAGUAGCUUCUCCGCAACCAAAACACGCCUUCGAACCCUCAGCACACGAUAACCACGAUGGCUUCCAAACCCAGACCCCUGGCAGUCUCCCAGCCUCAGGAGACCAUGCCGACCCGCUAGCCACGGCGCCUCCACCGCCUGGAAGGGAGCGACGCCAUCAGAUCCCCGGACUCCGACGAACACCAUAUCUAAAGAUCCUCCUGGUGCGAUGCGACGACAACGAUUCGUACAAAGCGCAAACGCGCUCCGAGAUACGCGACUGGCUCAAGCAGAACACGCCCCCACAAAGCAGCAAAAAGGCCAGCAAAGCCGAGAACCAUGAUGCCUUCGAAUGGCUCAUCGUUCAUGUGGUCAUCCCCAAUACCGUCGCGGCCACCCAGCCGAGAAUCACGGGCAAAAGUGACGUUGCCGACGCCAAGGUUGCCUCACGCUGGAGGGGUAGUUCCACAACCUUGCUCGAGAAGUUGAUGACCGAUUUCAACACAACCAAGGGCCCUGUGGACAGAGUUGCCCAAAUCCGCAUUGGAAUCAACGACGUACCUUAUGACAUUCUCCCACGCGUCGUGCCAGCAGUGCCUACUGGCUACACAGAGACUUCGCAAGAUGUCGAGAAUGCUUGGGCGGAUCUCAUCGGCAAGAUGAAGGCGUGGAUCUUGUCAUCGUUCGACAUGCGCGUCAGCCAAUACGAGGAGGAUAUUAAGGAGAAGGAUGCACAGCGCAACCUACCAGGAUGGAAUUUUUGCACCUUCUUCAUCCUCAAGGAGGGACUGGCCCGGGGUUUUGAGAGUGUUGGUCUGGUAGAAGAUGCCCUGGUUGGCUACGAUGAGCUCAGCGUCGGGCUUGACGCAAUAAUUCACGGCCAGGCUGGAACCCAGGUCGCAGAGACACAUGGGGGAUCGCUGCUCCCAUACACCGAAGAGUUGAAGAUUAUGGCACAGAGAGCGUUAGCAGCAGCGAGCAACGAGAGCAUGGACCCUGACGACGACAACGAGCUGCCAGUCGAUCUGCAAGCUGGCAAUCCCAAUACAAAAGCGAGUCAAGGAGUGGGUGCAGCAGGAACGAAUGCUAUGCCGGAUUCCUUCGACCAUGAUGUCCUCAUUAGUGCAAACAAGAAACCCUACCGUGAGCUCAUCCUCGCGAACAACGUAUCUGUGUUUGAUUUCAGGUGCUAUAUAUUCGCCCGCCAAAUAGCCCUGCUCUUCCGCCUGGGCAACGCUACUGCGACUAGGGAAGAACUCCUUGCCAAGACAAGGGAACAGCAGGAAUACCUACUUCAUGGAGUAGCACCCCGGACGCCGGCUCUUGUGGAUAACAGGCAACAUAAUGAUGCAGAAAAUCUCUCCAUGCUGGCUGAAGUCUGUCGGAGGACAUUAGAGUUUAUUCCUUCUGUUUCAACGGUGAUGCGUCAGGACUUGCUUGCGGCCCUUGGUGGAAUGAACAAAACAGGGGAGGAGUCGUCCUCGUCUGACAAAACAUAUCCGUCUCCUCGUUUGGUCGAGGUUGUUGACAACAUAGUUUCUUCCUUUGCAUUCUCUGCUGCUCAACAGAUCCUUGCGCAAACAUCCACCAAGGCGUUGCCAAUACCAGAACCAAGUGUAGCCGACCAUGAUAGCAAGGAGCUGAAAGCCAAGAUCCCGGAGCCCAAGACCAUGGUAAAUCCGGUGAGAAGCUCUUCCUUGCAUGGAGCUUUUGGAGCACACGCACAACAAGGUGCAGGGAUUGCGCAAGUUACACACGAGGCAGGCCACGUACACACACAGUUUCUCAAGGCUGGUCUAGAAGAGCUUGCGGCUAGGCGUGCAGAGCUUUUUACUCUCUCGAGAAACAUCCUUGAGGAAUGCGGAAAGAAAUGGGGAUGGAGUGACGGCUGGGAUUCUGUUCCACUGGUAGGGGAUCCCGAAAUUGACGGCAUGGAAGACAUAAACCUGGACGACGAGGGUAGCAACACAUCGAUCAAGCAGACACCGACUCCGCCAGUACAGGCGUCCCCUUCUUUAUUCGGAUUAGGCACGCGGCUCCUAUGGACAGCACUUGACAGUAAAGACGACUUCUAUCGACUGUACGAGACACUGACUCUCAAGGCGCUUCGCCACUAUGUAGUCGCAAGCCAUUUCAACUCAGUCAAAGCAAAUAUGAUUGAUAUGGCAGUUCUCAAGUUCCACUUGGGAGAGUUCCACGAGGCAGCCAAGUACUUCAUGGACACGAUCCCUUUCUUUGGAGAAAGAGGGUGGUCUCUCCUCGAGCUCUCGCUAUUAGUUAUGUACUGCAAAUGUCUCGAAGAGCUUGGCCAUCAAGAAGACUACGUUAAGGUCACUUUGAAGCUCUUAUCCAAAGCAGCGAUGGCAGAGCACGAACGUCUCCAGCAUCGCCGAACCGGAAAAGCAAUCCACAAAGCCAAACCCACCAGAUAUCCAGAAAGCACUGCGAUCAGGGGAUUCCUUCCCAGUGUGCUCCAGAUCACUAAAGAGUUGACGCACGAUGUCCUGGUUCCCUUGCGCGAUUUCUUCUCUGAGGUUACCUUUGAUGGCGCCCCGGCCUACAAUGAUAUGCAAGACAGCUUCUCGAUAUGCCUGGCUAUGCAAAGUCUACUCGUCGAUGACCUGGAACUAGACCAAGUUCAAGUCAAGCUGCGAUGCAAUGAUACAAGCGGACUGAAAUACAUCUCGCUUGCGAAUCCUUCUCCAGUUUGUAUCAAACCGGGCAGAAACAAAGUAGAGCUAACGUGCAAUGUAGCUGUCGCCGGUGAAUACGAGAUUGAACAAAUCCUGCUGCGUAGUGGCAAGCUUCAGUUUCACCUCGAAAGGGAUCCGGCUUUCAAGACUCACAAGGGAAUCAGGGGCACCGCGCAUCCGGAGGUUGUGAUCAGCUCCAAAUUGAGCAUCUUCCAGAGAGCGGGGUCCUUGGAUAUUCGCCUGCUGCCUGCGAAGCAGAUCCGGCUUGACAAGAACAGCUCUCUUGAAAUCGAACUCACCACCGGUUGGAACAGGACACGGACGUGUGACGUCCGUGUCAAGGCUGCCACAGGAGGUUUGAGGCUACUUGUGUCCGAUGGGACACUUGUCAACGGCAAGAAAGAAACAAGACUGGAACCACCAGAAGCUGGAUUGUUUCACCUCGGAGAACUGGAGAAGUGUUCAACUGUCCGACUUCGUUUUCCCUACACGGUCGAGCAAGAUGUGCCCGCCAUCGCAGUCAGAGUCGAGGUGAUGUACACCACCAAGGAAGAUGGGCCGGUACACUUGUUUGCGAAAACCCCGUCUAUCAGCAUUUCCUUGGCCCUUGGUGUCAACGUGCAAGAUGUUUUCAAGCACAACGCCCUCUUCUCCCGCUUUACGGUUACAACGGCGAGCGCGAGCCCUUUGAGACUGUUUGCUAGUGAACUGUUGGAGUCGGACCUGUUCUCGGCAGACCUUGGUGGCACCCCGCCUCCUUCGAGGAACGACACGUAUCCCAUCACUGUUUUCCCAGAACAACCUGCCAGUUUACUGUACAAGAUGGUGCGGAAACGUGGAUCCACAGCCACGGGGAAAGGUACAAGCAAAACUAUGUACCUCAAACUUACAUACACCGUGGUGCAAGAUGAGAUCGAAAGCCUCGUGGAGGCUUCCCUUAUGAGGGCCUUUGAGUCAGACGAGGCUUUGGGGAAGCUGCUCUCGAUAUACUCCCGACUGGUGACUGGCAUCGUGCUAGCUCACAUUAGAACGGCACCUCUUGCAUCUUGUGACCUUGAGCAGACCGUCAUGUCUGGUUUUGUCUCGACCGCCUUUCUUGCCAAUGUACCAUGGGAAACGCGGUUGACAGCGCAAAUCGGCCUUGCAAACGGAUGCCAGAUCGCAUCCAAGCUUGCAUCGGUCAUUAGGGAUUGGCAAGUCCAGCACCCCAGGCUUGUUUUGACCUCAUCGGCAGACCAGACCCAAGACCUUUCAUGCAUACUGAUUCCUGUUGACAUUCCCUCAAUCAGCAUCGUACACACAGCGGAUAUUCAGCUCGUUCCGAAUUCCAGUAAUGCAACUAGCGACGGUGGACGGACCCACAGGAUGCCGCAAGAGACGUGGAAAGUGAACGAGUUGAUCCCGUCCAACCUGCACCUCAAGUGGUCAAGGAUAUGGGACACAGGAGACGCAGAGAAAGAAGCUACUUCACCACCUUCAAGGGACGCAAUCGAGUUCAGCUACGAGGUCACUGCUCCUCAAGACACUUGGUUGAUCGGUGGGCGACGCAAGGGCCACUUUGUCAUACCGGGACUGGAUGAGGAUGCGACAACAGAUGAGAAGUUAGCGUAUUCGCUCGGGGCAUGCUCUACACCCGACACGGAGGCUGACAUCGCCUUGCUGCUUGUACCGCUGCGCGAGGGCUGGCUUCCAUUCCCUAGCGUUGAGAUUCGGGAGGUACGAAGCUUUGCUACUGGCACAACCGCCUCGCGAGAAGGGGAUGUCCAAACUGCCGGUACUACAGUCGAAAGAGGGACUACUUUUGAGACGGACUUUAAAAAUUUGGGAGAAGCAAUUCAUGUGAUCGCAGACCGCCAUAGUGUUACUCUAAGUUUGGAUGCGAGUGGGCCUGGGGGAGGCCCCUUAGUUUUGGGAAAUAUUUAA